UUAUUUUCUUGAUAAAAAAAAAAAAUUUAUUUUACAGCAGUAGGGAAAAAGAAGAAGAAGAAGACAUCAUUUAUUACACUUUGCACCCACCUCGUACCCCAUUUCCAUUUCCCCUUCCCAUUUAUUUGCUGAAGAACUUCACGAAGAGACACGACACACAGAAAAAGUGAGAGGUUUCUUCCUUCCUGAUCUACAAAUCCCCCAAAACCCUAAAACCAUGUGGAGAAGACUCUCGACACCUCUCCACCGCCUUGCCGUCGCAAACAUCACCUCCUCCUCCUCGCCGUCGAGAUUCCGAUCAUCCGUCACUCUCUUCCUUCGCCCCUCCGCUUCCGAGUCCGUUGCUGAGGCAACUGGAUCCUUUAUCCACCAUGGGAUGCAAUACUCAACUACAGUACCUGAUGAACCUGACACACACGAGGACUUCCGACCUACUAGUAAGCUUGAGGAUUCUUCCCUUUCUUUGAAGGACAUUGUUGAGCAGGAUAUCAAGGAAAAUCCUGUGAUGAUUUACAUAAAAGGGGUGCCUGAGCUUCCUCGUUGUGGGUUCAGCUCGCUAGCAGUAAGAGUGUUGCAGGAAUAUAAUGUACCUUUUAGUUCCAGAAACAUACUUGAAGAUCCUGAGCUUAAGGAUUCUGUCAAAGCAUACAGCAACUGGCCAACAUUCCCACAGAUCUUCAUCAAGGGGGAGUUCAUCGGAGGAUCAGACAUUAUUCUCAGCAUGCACAAGAACGGUGAGCUGAAGGAAAAGCUUAAAGAUAUUGUGGCCGAGUAGGAGAUAUCCUCAGCGUAAGCAGUUGUUACCCUACGUGUAGAGAUACUUGAGAAUUUUGGGUUCUCUUUGAUGUUCUAUAUUUCUGUUGAGCUGAAGAAUUGUGGGACACAUGCAUCGUGAAGCUUUUCAUGUUUGACUCUAUUAAUAAUGUUUAAUGCAGACAUGGACUCUAUUCUUGCGAUCUUUAA